AUGUUCCACGCCCUUGUCAUUCUUACACGAAUAGCAAUACUCUCAGCGGUUCCCGUUUUCGUCGAUCACGGUGACAUUCCCGAGGUUGAGACGUCUUAUCCAGUAGUGAAUUUGGACCUGUUACGGUAUCUCAGUGAUACACUCCGCAGCUUCUUUGAACCCGAAGAACGACGGACAACACCUGAUCCUCGCGGUAUGGACUUCGCUCAGUUCGUCGCUACAAACCGAUGCUCUGGUCAAGCAGCGUGGAACUGCUUCAAUGAAAUCGAUACAAACAACGAUAGCUUUAUUUCAUCGGAAGAACUAGCCAAAUACGACAAAUCAUCAAUAAGUAGGGUAGAAGGGAUGUACGAUGAUUUUUUGGAAACAAGUUUCAUCGAAGCAGACAACGAUGAUGACGGUUAUGUAGCCUACAAAGAAGGGGUGGAUUACGCUGAAAAUGUGCUAAAAGUGCGCGCUGAUGAUAACUGGCGGCAACUUUUCCAAGCGAAGGAUUUCGACGGCGAUGGUCAACUGAACAAAAAGGAAUUCAUGAGCCUUGUGUCAUCGUGGUACCGAGGUGACUACAAUCUCAAAUUCAACGACUACACACUGACAUCGCCAAUGACCCCGAGGCCAAAUGUCACGAACGCGUGA